AUGGAAACUCAAAUCAUUUCUCCAAAAGUGAAACAUAAAAUGGAUUAUUAUGAUAUCAAUAGAAGAUUUUUGUCGAUAAUUGGUCAGUGGCCUUAUCAGAAGCCAAAAGCGAGACUAUUUUAUUUGAUUUUCGCACUCAUGUUUUUGUUUACUUCUCUCAUUACACAGAUGGCAUAUAUGUUUCGAUGCAAAGACAUGGAAUGUAUUCUUCAAACUUUACCUAUAUAUUUUUUGAAAUUCAAUACUGUGGUGAAAGUGCUCACAUAUCGAUUGAAAAGUAAGAAAAUUAAAGAUCUCACUGAUCACUUAUUCGCAGACUGGAAUAUUCUCGAGACUCGAAAGGAAGAACGUAAAAUUCUGGAAAAAUAUACUGAGAGAGGCAGGCGAUACGUAUUGAUAUAUUCCACGUACUUGUACAUAACUGCUAUUUCAUAUGCAAUAACUUCUCUCUCGCCACGCAUUAUGGAUGCAGUCUUUCCUUUAAAUACUUCACGUCCAAUAAUAUUAAUAUGGCAUGCGUACUAUUUCGUUGAUGAAGAGAAAUAUUACUAUUACAUUUAUUGCGAUAUGCUAAUGAUCCUUAUGGUGUGUCUAGCUGCAUUAAUCGCGCAUGAUACUAUGUUUUUUAUUUACGUUGAACACGCUUGCGGUCUUUUCGCAAUAAUUGGAUUUAGAUUUACACAUUUGAUAUAUAAACGUGAUAUUGCGGAAAAGAGCCAGAUUGAUUGUCCGAACGAUCGAACGAUAUAUUACGAACAUAUUAUACUUUCAAUCCAUGCACAUCGAAGAGCUCUGCAGUUUGCGAAACUUAUUGAAAAUGUUUAUUCGAAGUCAUUUGCUAUUCAACUUAUAAUAAAUACGAUUACUGUUAGCGUUAGUUUACUUCAACUGUCGACGCAUCUGAACGAUAUGACGGAAGUAAUGAGAUACCUCAUCUAUAUUAUCGCACAAUUAUUCCACUUGUUUUGCUUCAGUUUCCAAGGACAAAAAUUGAUAAAUCAUAGUCUGGAAAUUCGCAAUGAAAUUUAUAACGGUGCAUGGUACAAAAUGUCCGUAAGAGAGCAAAAACUGCUCUUGCUGGUGAUGAGAGAAAGCAUCGAAGCUAGUACUGUGACUGCCUGCAAGAUAUAUAUAUUUUCCUUGCAGAAUUUCACAAUGGUUCUACAAAGUGCGAUGUCGUACUUUAUGAUGCUUGCAUCCUUCAGUGAAUGA